AUGUGAUCCAUUAAAAACACAAAAAGUGCCCCCCUAUAUUGUUUCCACACGGACUAAAAUUACGUGUGCACUGCACGCUUCUGAAACGCACGUUUUUGGCGCACAUCGUGCAGUGUUGUUUUCGUUCACGUGAUUUAGUAGAUCGUGUUUUUGUUGUUGAGAUGGAGGCUGUAGGGCUUUAUGUUGUUGGCUCAUCUGAGAGCGAACUUUCAAAAGUCGAAAUACUGAGGGCGCUAAUCACUGAGAAAAUGACUAUAGCCGUGCGGGAAGUGUUAGCUGUGGUGGAGACAACAGUAGCUGGAUACGAGAAUGAAGUUUUGCUGUUGAAUCAGGAGUUGAGUCUUAAGAAGAGGCAACUGGACGCGAUCCUGCAACCUCGAGUAUAUCUGAACAGGAGAGAUUUUAAUAGUUGCACCCCAGCCGUAUCUUCAGGCAGCGUUGAAGUGAGACAUGUGCAAAAAAUUAUCACAAAAGAUGAGGACAAUGGGGCGUCAAGAAAAGGCACAAAGGGGCAUAGUAUUAUCAGUGAGCCCGCAACACGCUCAACAUUGUUGGACCAAGAAGAAAGCGAUUGUGCUGUUGCAAAUCCAGCCAGUGACUCUUUUGUGCCUUGUCCGGCCAGAGGGGAAACGCAUCUCACCGAUGAAACGGUAAAUGAUGCCCAAAAAACGAAGGUCAAAAGGAGAAGGCGGGUGCCGAAGCGAUACAGAUCAAACGAUGACGAGACAGACUCUGACCGUCAGGAGAAAGAAGAAAAAGCAUGGAAACCCACGCAGCGAUCUUCACCUGGAAAGAAAAAUCAUUUGGUUAAAGUGGGUUAUAAAAUGUUGAACAUCCCCACCAGUGAGAAAAAAGAAGAAACAGAAAUAAUAUCCAGCCAAUGCAAACGGCAGCAAUCUUUGACAAAAAAGCAUUUGAUUAAACUUAGAAUUGGUUUGAUGGAGUGCUCUGACACAGAUCUAUCAAACAAUGGUCCAACUCAGACAAUUUUGUGUCAACAAAACUUAAGCGAGCCUGACUUCUUCAGUCAUCUGAGAUCCACCUUUCCCGAGCUUGGAGAAGACCCUUUUGAGGCUGUCUUGCUUGACAGAAACAAAACAUUACUUUCUAAUCCUGUGAAAAGGAUGACACAGGCUGAACUUUACAGAGCCUUCAGAAAUGCACAGAAACACCUUACCUUUUACAUACAGCCAAAGGAGAUUAACGACACUUGUGACACACCGACAUCAUCCCAUGAUCACAAACCCAAUAUAAGGGAUCUUGAAGAACAACAACAGUCAGCAACAGGGGGUCCAAGUAAAUCGAAAGAUGAGCAAGAUGGCCUGUGCUCCAUUGUAUCUGCAGCUCAGAGUGAAGAGGGUGAAGAUGAGGAUGACUGGAAUCCAGAACAAAACGAUGAAGAGAUCAACACUUCUCCAAAGCCUAAAAAGACCAGAAAGAAAAGAGUUACACAGAUUAGUCCCAAUUCAUGUAAAGUGUGUGGCCUUGCAUUCCAAUCCAUCAAAAUCCUAACCAAACAUGCUCUUUGUCACCUGGAUAAUCCCAAAAGCAUCUGUGGAGUAUGUGGACAAGAGCUGGAGUCAUCAGAGGAGCUCAAGAGUCACCUGGAAACUCACCAGAGACUACAUCAUUGUGACACGUGUGGAAGAUAUUUUCUGACCUUUAUUACUUUUCAGAAACAUAAAGUUACCUGUGAGUUAAGUGAAACCGGCUCUGCUAAUGACAAGAUGUGGAAAAAAAUUAAUUUUCAUCAAAAAGAAAAGCCUAGUUACAAAUGUGAAUACUGCCCUCAGACUUUUACAUUUAAAACACAGCUUUAUGCUCAUAAAAAGAAGAUACAUGGGGAGACAUAUUCUUGUGAUGUAUGUGGCAAAUAUCUGUCAGAUCAUUCAAGUCUCUCACGACACAAACUGAUUCACUUUGGUGAGAAGAAACACGGCUGUAAACAUUGUGGGAAACAUUUUUAUAAUAGAUCUUGUCUAAAAAAACAUGAAAGAAUUCAUUUUGACAGAGAAAGAAAAUUUCUGUGUGACAUUUGCAGCAAAACAUUUUAUACAAAGACGACUUUGUUGAUGCACCAGAAAGUACAUGAUGAAUUACGCAUCAUUAAAUGUCCUGUUUGUGGCAAAUUAUUAAAAGGAGCAUUAAAAGCACACUUGAUGAUACACUCUGGGGAAAGGCCUCACACAUGUGACGUAUGUGGUGUGAAGUUUAAAUUAGCUAGUCAUCUUAAAUACCACAUGAACUUACAUCUUGGCAUCAAGCCUUUCACCUGUACAGUGUGCGGAUACAAAGCAUCGCGUAAAUCACACUUGGACAUGCACUUGAGCACUCACACUGGGCAGAAACCAUUCAAGUGCACACUGUGUGACAAGGCCUACACACAACCACACUGCUUAAAAACCCACAUGAAGAGCCACCAGACUGAAGAACAGGCUGCUGUUGAUGCCCUUGAAACCAUGCAGUGACUGGAUUCUUAAGUUCCCCAUUAACACUAAUGUAUGUUUUCCAUAUGUCUAUAGUACAGGCAAGAGCAAAAGGCCUCAGAACUCACCUGCUAAAUAAAUGUACUAUGUGAGGACAGAAGAUUCUUUAAUGAACAUUUAACAACAGUACUGUUUUGUAGCCUGUGCUAUUUUGCAAUAAAAUUGUGCAUAUGUUAAUUACAGAAAAAAUGCAGAUACUGUACAAUUUAUUAUAUGGUAUAGAAAUAUCAGACUACAAAAUACAAUAUGAAUCAUGUCUCUAGCACUGUAGGUGUACUCAUGAUGAAGGGAAAUAUUCAUACAUUUAUUCUGGUGAGUUCAGUUCAACAUCAACAAAUGCAAGAUUUGUUUUUCCUUGUACUUUGCUGACCCUGGUGCUUGCUAUGUUCAGUUGUACAUUCUUGCCUAGAACCUUAAAAGUUUACAAGAGAAAGUCAUUGUUUUAUUUUUGUAACUAGUAUUAUGAAAUAUGUACUAUUACUAAUACUUACUCUGUGUUUGAUGUAUUUGUACACAUAAAAUAAAGUUGUGUCUUCCUUCAUUAUAGUAA